AUGAUUCCUGACAAGAUUAGGUCUAUUGAUGGAUCAAAAGAGACGCUUAAGCUUGCUGUUAGGAUCACCGAUCUUUGGUUCAUUGGGACUCCCAACAAGUCUGAGCAAGCGGAAAUGGUUUUUGUUGAUUCUGAGGGUGAUCAAAUUCAUGCUAUUUGUAAAUCGAACCACCUCAAGUCUUGGAAAGCUGAUUUGAAAGAGAAUUGCACUUAUGUUAUGCAUAAUUUCAAAGUUGUUGAGAAUGAUGGUCAAUUUAGAGAAUUUAGAUUUGCUGAAUUUGCAAAUGUUGUUGCUGGCAAUUUUGUGUCUGGCCUUGGUGAAAUUUUGUCUUGCACACUUUGGGAGAAUUACUGGACUCAGUUCCUAUCCUAUUUGAAUGAACGUGGGGAUGAUGGGCCGAUGGUUAUUAUAUUGACACAUGCCAGAAUAAAAGAUGCGCAAGGAAGUUAUCCAGCUUCAGUGAGCAAUUCCUUCAAGGCGUCAAAACUAUUGAUUAAUGAUCCUAUAUUGGAAAUUCAGGAAUUUAAAGAGAGGCUUUUAGAUUUAGGUGUUGAGAUGAGUCCAGUUUUGCUACCUGGUGAUCAAGCAAAUUCACAAGUUUCAGGGGGAAGUUAG